AUGGUAGACACGCUUCUAUUGGAAGGUUCUUGGACAAUAAAUGGGAUGGUUCUACAACUUACCCCUUGGAAACCAAAUUUUCAAGAUGCCUUUGAAAGACUAGAUACAGUGGCAAUGUGGCUUCAACUUCACCACCUACUGAUGGAAUUCUGGUCAAUUGAAUUACUGGAGAGUCUGGGUUUCCAGCUCGUAAAAGUGUUAAAAAUUGAUAAUCAUUCUCUUAAUGUCUUACUGGCGAAAUUUGUUCGGCUUUGUGUGGAGAUCGAUCUGUCAAAACCCUCGAUUCAAGAAUUAUGGGUUGGUCCUAAGCAUGAUCAAGUGAUGGUUGUUAUUCUUCAUGAACGACUUCCAACUCUCUCUUUUUGUUGUGGUCGUAUUGGGCAUGUGAUCUCCAGCUGCACUUUCAUUCCUUGCAUCCCUAUCGAGGGUAGGUUAGGAGGUAUUCCAUCAGAUUCUGGCCAUAGUACCAUACUGGUUAAUUCCCAUCUGGCUGUGGCGAGGCAAGGAGGUGAUGAGGAGCACUCCUUGAUGGCUAAUGAGGAUGCUAAUUACCUAGAGUCAGAGAAGUUCACGGAUAAUGACCUGACUUUUGGUUCAUGGAUGAAAGUCCCUUCCAGACAUGGAAGAGGACGUGACCAAGAAUCGAGUUCCUCCAGUCGCCGAAUGGUGACUAAAACAUGUUUUGACAUGUGGCCAACUCUGAAGCAUGAUGAAAACCACGUGGCAUCAAGAAAUAGCUUUUGUUCGAGACGUGGAGGCCGUGGAGGUUUUCGAGGUGGAGGUUUAUCGUCGGUGCCUCGAGAUCCAUCCGCAAAUCCUUUAGGCUCUCACCAUCCGAUGGAGGCUUCCUUAGAUGAACAGGAGGAGGUCGUCCCUUCUACUUUUCCGAGUUCCAACACUGGCAGAAAAGAUGGCUUGGUCUCCAAGACAAAAAAUCCGACUAUUCAUCUCCAUAAUCCCUUUCAAUCUCCGAAUCCCAUUACUUCUUUUGGAGACGUCUUGGAACCUAACACAGUUGCUAUAACCGCUCAGUUCCAAAAUGACCAUCACUUUCCAUUUUCCAACACUACCAAAGCAGAUGGAGAUUUAAAGGCUCCUAAUUGA